AACAUUUUUUCAAACAGGACCUUAUGACUCCAUAUGGUUGAUUUGUGGAGUUUAACCAAACAAGGGAUGGAAUGGCAGGAGGUACGAGGAGCAUUGGAGAGGGGAACAUCAAGCUUCCAAAUCCCACCGCCAAUUUGUUUUGAAUCCAAACAAAAACGGACUUGGAACCCGAACAGAUUAACCAGAACAUCGUCAUCCAUGAUCCAUCUCAGUCACCAAAGCCAUUGAGGCCCAUCGGCCAUUACCCAUUUGUCACUCUCUUCACACAACACGUUCCCUCGCCUCCGCCACGUGCCUUCACCCCCCUUUCUCUUUUUUGCAACCUUCAUGAUACGUGUCACAACCUUCUUACAUGCGCAUAGAGCCAUUCAUCAUCUCGUCUAUUUCAGUCCCUUCCCCACAUUCCCUAAUUUCUAACAUCACUCUCCGUUUGAAAAACUACUGACUUUGUGGGUCUAUAGAUUUUGCUUCAAUGGCGGAUUUGCGGGACGAACAUGGAAACCCCAUUCAGUUGACGGACCAACACGGCAACCCAGUUCAGUUAACCGACGAGCACGGCAACCCUAUGCACCUCACCGGCGUUGCUAGCACCCACCCGAUCACCACCACCAUCGCUCCAGUGCAUGACGCUGAUGCCCUCAAAACUGCUGGAGAAUCUCACCCGCCCACUUCCGGACACGGGAUCGCUGAUCAAGCCGUGCACGGUGGUGCACCAGUGGCCGCUGAGCCGGUCGAAGGUGGAGGUGGUGAGAUUCACCAUGAGAAGCGCGAGAGCAGUUCCAGCUCCAGCUCGUCUGAGGAUGAUGGACAAGGUGGGAGAAGGAAGAAGGGGCUGAAGGAGAAAAUAAAAGAGAAACUAACAGGUGGGAAGCACAAGGAGGAGCAGGGGCAUGCACCAACCACAGGGGUGGCGAUCACCACCACCACCACUGGGAGCGCCACCACCCCCGUUACUGUGCUGCAUCACCAUGAACAGCAUGAGAAGAAGGGCAUGUUGGAGAAGAUCAAGGACAAGCUACCUGGCCACCACACCUCCCACUGAACCUACCUCCAUAUGUGCAAAUGGCUUCGUUCCUAGGCUUCUAUAUAGUCUAUGCAGUUGGUUGUCUUCUACUUCUGUUAGAAUUUGAAUUCAUGGGUAUGCUGUGUGUUUCUUUUAUGUACUUACAAAUUGUGAGAGUUUGGAGGUUGUGUAAUAUCCCUAGUGGAUGAUGUGUAUCCAUGUAUUGAUUUCAUUAGCUACUAUUUCCUAUGUAAUUUUCCUUAGAGAGUUGAUAAAGAUUUGGUACCACCACUUCUUUCAGAGUCUCACAA